ACAAUCUUCACCACUCAGCAGUCUCGUCUCCGAUCAGAGUUACAGUAUCAAUUUCACUAAUCUCUUGAUUCUUCUUUUCUGCAUCUUGGGGAAUUUUGUAGUAUCCUUGUAGACUCUCUCAGUAAAAUCUAUGGACCUGAAGGAUUUUCGUUCUCUCAGUUAUCAGUUUCUAUUCACGAUUGUUCUUAUAAACAUCCCUAACUUCGUCCCUCUCCACCGUAUAAUUUCCCGGAAAAUCGGCCUUCCUUUUUUGCUGUACACGAAUUUUAACCUAAUUUUUUUCGAUCCUAAACCUCCGUCUCUCUAACUUCAUCAGCAAUAUUCGCUGAAAAAAUGAAAAAGAGUUUACGUAAUUUGGCGAACCUCGGAGACACUGUAGCCUCUGUCUCUCUAACUUCUCCUGUUUUCUUAAAACUUCGGAGACUUUUUCUGAUUUCUAUAGAGCUAAUGAAUCAGCAUGGAGCAUACCAAGUGAGACUUGGCAAAAGAAGCUGUCUUUUCAAGAAACGCGUUACUUUGGUCAAAACGCAUGCUCAAGAGAACCUAAGCAAGCGUGACUGAGCCAAACCAAAACGGGUUUGCUCCUAAUUUUCCUGUUGAUUGAUGUGUUUGGUCCAUUCAUUGCCUGUUAUAGUUACCAAUACUUUGUGUUGAGUUUCGUGGCACGAGCUGGUGCAGAGCGCAAGACCAAGGUUCAUAUAGUGUAUUUGGGUGAGAAGCAGCAUGAUGAUCCAGAGUUUGUCACGGAAUCUCACCAUCAGAUGUUGUGGUCACUUCUUGGAAGUAAAGAGGAUGCCCAUGAUUCAAUGGUGUACAGUUAUCGACAUGGCUUCUCAGGUUUCGCAGCCAAGCUCACCAAUUCCCAAGCUAAGAAGAUAGCAGAUUUACCUGAAGUUGUUCAUGUCACGCCUGAUAGUUUCUACGAACUAGCAACAACUCGGACUUGGGACUACUUAGGCCUUUCUGCCGCCAAUCCAAAAAAUCUUCUAAAUGACACUAACAUGGGUGAAGAAGUUAUUAUCGGCAUUGUUGACACAGGAGUUUGGCCAGAAUCUGAAGUCUUUAACGACAAUGGGAUUGGGCCGGUGCCGAGUCACUGGAAAGGAGGCUGUGAAUCUGGAGAGAUGUUCAACUCCUCUCACUGCAAUAAAAAGCUUAUAGGAGCCAAGUACUUCAUCAAUGCUUUUCUUGCGACGUAUGAAAGCUUCAACUCCACAGAAUCACUUGACUUUAUUUCCCCUAGAGACUUUGAUGGUCAUGGCACGCACGUCGCCACCAUAGCAGGUGGUUCGGCCUUGCCAAGCAUAAGCUACAAAGGCCUAGCCGGAGGGACUGUGAGAGGUGGUGCACCUCGUGCUCGUAUAGCAAUGUACAAAGCUUGUUGGUAUCUUGAUUCCCUAGACAUAACAACUUGUUCAUCUGCUGACCUCUUGAAAGCUAUGGAUGAAGCUAUACAUGAUGGUGUUGAUGUUUUGUCCCUGUCUAUUGGCUAUCGAGUUCCUUUCUACCCUGAAACCGAUAUUCGCGAUGGGAUAGCUACUGGAGCAUUCCAUGCAGUUUUAAAGGGUAUCACAGUUGUUUGUUCAGGUGGAAACUCUGGCCCAGCGGCUCAGACUGUUGGAAACACGGCUCCUUGGAUUUUGACAGUGGCUGCAACUACUUUAGAUCGGUCCUUUCCCACUCCUAUUACACUUGGGAACAAUAAAGUGAUAUUGGGUCAAGCGAUGUACACAGGUCCAGAACUUGGUUUCACUAGCUUGGUUUACCCAGAGAAUCCAGGGAACAGCAACGAAAGUUUUUCUGGUACCUGUGAGCGUCUUCUCAUCAAUUCCAAUCUUACAAUGGCGGGGAAAGUUGUGUUGUGCUUCACAACAUCAAAACGUUACAGCGCUGUAUCAAGCGCUGCGCGCUAUGUGAAGAGAGCCGGUGGUCUCGGCGUAAUCAUAGCAAGAAACCCAGGCGAUACUCUCGCACCAUGUGUCGAUGAUUUCCCUUGUGUAACUGUUGAUUACGAGCUGGGGACAAAUAUACUUCUGUACAUACGUUCCACAGGAUCGUCUGUUGUGAAGAUACAACCUUCAAGAACACUCGUUGGACAACCAGUUGGUACAAAGGUGGCAGAAUUCUCAUCAAGAGGACCCAGUUCAGUUACACCCGCGAUCCUUAAACCUGAUAUAGCAGCACCAGGAGUGAGCAUAUUGGCGGCUACAAGCACCAAUUCAACUUUCAACGACCGAGGAUUCAUUAUGCUGUCAGGAACAUCAAUGGCAGCUCCUGUAAUUUCAGGAGUUGUUGCAUUUCUUAAAGCUAGACACCGUAAUUGGUCUCCCGCUGCCAUUAGAUCAGCCAUUGUCACUACAGCUUGGAGAACAGAUCCAUUUGGAGAGAAGAUUUUUGCAGAGGGGUCACCUCGGAAGCUAGCUGAUCCGUUUGACUAUGGUGGAGGCCUUGUGAAUCCAGAGAAAGCAGCAAAACCAGGUCUUGUCUAUGACUUGGGACUCGAAGACUAUAUUCUCUACAUGUGCUCUGUUGGUUACAACGAGUCAGCGAUCUCUCAGCUUGCCAGUAAAAAAACCUUAUGUUCGAAUCCCAGACCAUCUGUUCUUGAUUUCAACUUGCCUUCCAUCACAAUCCCAAACCUCAAAGACGAAGCCACUCUCACCAGAAUACUCACUAAUGUUGGACCACUUGACUCGGUCUAUAAAGUAGCAGUUGAGGCACCGUUGGGCGUUCAAGUGACCGUGACGCCAGAGAAGCUAGUGUUCAACUCAACGACCAAAAGGGUUUCUUUCAAAGUCAAAGUCUCGACCACACACAAAAUCAACACAGGCUACUACUUUGGAAGCUUGACUUGGAGUGACUCUGUACAUAACGUUACAAUUCCUUUAUCUGUGAGAACGCAGAUUCUGCAGAACUACUAUGAUGAGAAUUGA